AUGGUCCUUAACUUCAUCUCUCGCCUCGCCCGUCCCUUCGCCUCCACAGCUACAAUGUCCGCCGCGCCCUCCUCCUCCGCCGCCGGCGCGGGCCCCACUAUCCCCGAGGACGCCCAAAAGGCCACCAUUGCCGCCGGCUGCUUCUGGGGCGUCGAGCAUCUCUACCGCAAGCACUUCCAGGGCAAGGGCCUCGUCGACGCCCGCGUCGGCUACAUCGGCGGCGACCUCUCCAACCCGACCUACCGUGCCGUCUGCGGCGGCGACACCGGCCACGCCGAGGCCUUGCAGAUCGUUUUCCGCCCCAAGGACGUCAGCUACCGCCAGCUCCUCGAGUUCUUCUACCGCAUGCACGACCCCACCACCGCCAACCGCCAGGGGCCCGACACGGGGCCGCAGUACCGCAGUGCCAUCUUCUUCCACGACGAGGAGCAGGAGCGCGUCGCCCGCGAAGUCACCCGCCUCGCCAACGAGAAAUGGUACAAGGGGAAAAUCGUCACCCAGAUCAUCCCUGCCGGCCAGUGGUGGGACGCCGAGCAGUACCACCAGCUGUACCUGAACAAGAACCCGAGCGGAUACGAGUGCCCGAGCCAUUUCCUGCGCACCUUCCCGCCUCUGCAGGGCUGA